AUGGAGAGGGAUGCCGGAAUGAUACUGGUGAUGGGUGAAACAGGAGUUGGCAAAAGUACAUUCAUCAACGCACUAAAACCCAACUCCGUAGAGGUUGGCCACAGUCUCAAGUCUGUGCAAUGUCGCCCUCAAGCCGUUCAGAUCUAUCUAGACGAAGACGGCGAUAGUUCCGUCACUGUAGUUGACACCCCGGGGUUUGACGACAGCCAUCGCCCUGACUCUGAGGUCCUUGCUGAGAUCACCGAGUUUCUCGCUGCUCAGUAUGCAGGCAAAAUACCCCUCAAGGGGGUAAUCUAUCUUCACAGAAUCCAAGAUAACAGAAUGAAAGGAUCUGCGAGGAGGUAUCUGGAUGUGUUCAAAUCCAUCUGCGGAGAGGAGGCUCUUGCCAAUGUCAUGCUGGUCACAACCUUUUGGAACAAGGUACCGGACCAAGAGCUCGGUGAAUACUUGCGAAGAGAGCAGGAGUUGAUCGAUGAUUACUGGGCUCCAUUACAAAACAAAGGAUCGGUGAUUGCACAGUUCGACGGGUCAAAAGAAGCAGCGGAGUCACUCAUCCUGCAGCUGGCUCAUCACCGGCACCCGGUGGUCCUAGAUAUUCAACGAGAGCUAGUGGAUGACGAGAAGGUAAUCAGCGAGACGAAGGCUGGACUUGGGAUCAGCGAGAGACUUGAGGUGGAUCUCAGUGAAUGGACUCUGAGCUUGGAGAAGAUAGAGGUCAAGUUAGCAGCCGCUCAAGAUGAAGAAGACGCAACCAAAAUCAAGGAUCUCAAGGAGGAGAAGAAGGAGGUGGAAAAGAUCAUCAAAGACUUGGAAAGAUCUAAAAAGCGCAUGCAGAGCAGAGUUGGAAACGAGAUGAAGGUUCGGUUUGACAAAGAGCGACGCCAGCGGAUCCUGUCAAACAGCGUCUCCAUCUUCGCCGCGGUCCUUAGCAUUACGCUGACGGUGGUCAAGUUCGUAGCAUUCGGCGGAAUGUAG